CUGCGCCCCGCAGCCCCGCUCCCGCCGCCCCGCUCCCGCCGCCACCUCUUCAAUGGGCAACCUGCUCGGCGGGGUCAGCUUCCGCGAGCCCACCACCGUGGAGGACUGCGACUCCACCUGGCAGACGGACUCGGAGCCCGAGCCCGAGGAGCCGGGGCCGGUCGGUGGCGAGGGCCCGGGGCAGCAGCCCGAGCAGCCCGAGCAGCCCGCGCAGCCUCCGGAGCGAGCCAGCGGGCGGCCCCGCGCCAGCAACGCGCCGGACGAGGAUGCCGAGGCGGCGGGCGCCGAGCAGGGUAGUGAUUCCACUGAAGGAAUUGCCAAACCAAAGAGAAGUUUUUAUGCAGCGAGAGAUUUGUACAAAUACCGACACCAGUAUCCACAGAACUUCAAAGAUAUCCGAUAUCAAAAUGACUUGAGCAAUCUUCGUUUUUAUAAGAAUAAAAUUCCAUUUAAGCCAGAUGGUGUUUACAUUGAAGAAGUUCUAAAUAAGUGGAAAGGAGAUUAUGAGAAGCUGGAGCACAACCACACUUACAUUCAAUGGCUUUUCCCCCUGAGAGAACAAGGCUUGAAUUUUUAUGCUAAAGAACUAACUACGUAUGAAAUUGAGGAAUUCAAAAAGACAAAGGAAGCAAUUAGAAGAUUCCUUCUGGCUUAUAAAAUGAUGUUAGAAUUUUUUGGAAUAAAACUGAUUGAUAAAACUGGAAAUGUGGCCCGAGCAGUUAACUGGCAGGAAAGGUUUCGACAUCUGAAUGAGUCCCAGCACAACUAUUUAAGAAUCACCCGUAUUCUCAAAAGCCUUGGUGAGCUUGGAUAUGAAAGUUUUAAAUCUCCUCUUGUGAAAUUUAUCCUUCAUGAGGCUCUUGUGGAGAAUACUAUUCCCAAUAUUAAGCAGAGUGCUCUGGAGUAUUUUGUUUAUACAAUUAGAGACAGAAGAGAAAGGAGAAAGCUGCUGCGGUUUGCACAGAAACAUUACACACCCUCAGAGAAUUUUAUCUGGGGGCCACCUAGGAAAGAACAGUCGGAGGGAAGCAAAGCCCCCAAAAUGCCCACCCCUCCCAGCUCUGGUCAUAACAGUCAAACUUCUAUACACAAAAAAUCCAAGGAGUCCAAAAAUUCCUCCUCAGCUGUUCAUUUAAAUAGCAAAACAGCGGAAGAAAAAAAAGUGGCACCUAAAGAGCCUGGAGAACAGUCAGAUAGGCCCAGAGCAGAGUCCAGCGAUGAAGCUGCCAAGUCGAGAGACAGUGAGAAGGACUAUAAUGGUGAAAAUUCCAAUUCUCCACCAGAAAAAACAAUUAACAAUCCCAUAGAGAAAAAGGAAAGUGCAUCCCUUUCUGAAAAAGACGAAGAAGGUGAGAAUCCUAACAAAAACUCUGAAAAUCCUGGAAAUCCAAGUUCCCAUGACGAUAUACUAUUACAGUGAAUUAUCAGAAAAACCACAAACCCAUUUAGGUAAGGGGGAAAAAAAAAAACUACUGUAGAAUUUUUCCUAAAAAACGAAAACAAGGUCAAAUUUCAAAAUCUCACCAUCUGUGAUUUAUGUUGUGUUCUUUGUUCUUAUUGUUUGUUUUUCAUUUUGGAUGAAAAUGAAUGUAAUAUUUGAUAAGUCUUAAGACAAGAUCCAAUAAAUUAAAGUGUUCUGUAAUGCUUUUAGGGUGUGGGUUUUCAAAUUCUGCACAAAAUGAUUACUUUUAAAUUAUUUUCAAGGUAUCUGAAAACAAUCACUUAAUAUAUCAAGUAAAUUCUUUUGAGAAGUUACAUUCUACAUGAGGAAAAUCAAAGAAUGAUUUCAUUGUAUUGACACAACCUUUAAAUGAUUUAUGGAUUUAUAUUUUUUAGCUGGAAAAUUUGGAAGAGUCAUUUGGAUUCUUUGAUUCCAACACCUCAACGCAUUUAUUUUUAAGUUCUGAUAAAGUAAAAUGGAUAUUCUUGGGGAGCUAUGACCUCCCCAGCCCAUCCAUCAGCCCCACUGAGUUUCCUCUUUGGCUUUCUCUACACUAAUCCUCAUCCUGCCAUCUUUGUCAACUAGCACGUGCAUUUCUAGUAUACAUUAUUCUAGUGUGCGUUAGUAUGACCUGUUUUGAAAUUUAAAUGGAACAGAGGUGGACUUUGUCUAAUUUCAAGAAUUUGCUUUGUUUAAAAUAAAAAUGGUUUUCUGUAUUAAGUGCUUAAAACAAACUUUGAGGCAAAAGUCCAAGAAAAGAAUUACGCUUUCUAUGGCUGUUCCAUAUACAUUUGCUGCUUGAUUCUGAAUGCAAAUGGCUAUAGAAUUAAAAAUAAUAAAGGAAUUAUUCAUUUUUAAAAAGCCAUGCCUGUUGCAUUGGCAAUGAGGCAGUGGUCACUAAAACCAUUAGUAUCUCAGUGUUAUGUGGACUAAAUACCAAAAAACCAAAACCCAGUGCCAUCGAGUCGAUUCCGGCCCAUAGCAACCCUAUAGGACAGAGUAGAACUGCCCCAUAGAGUUUCCAAGGAGUGCCUAGUGGAUUCGAACUGCCGACCCUUUGGUUAGCAGCUGUAGCACUUAACCACUAUACCACCAGGGUUUCCAUUAUGUGGAUUAGGAGAUAUUUAAUAUGGAUUAGAACAUGUUUAAUCCACAGUAUAUCUUUUUUUUUUAAUACAAUUUGAUGAGUCCCUAAAUUGUCAAACUUUAAGAUUCAGAACAGAUUUGAAAUUCCAUAUGCUCAGUUUUAACAAACAAACAAUAUGUUACUUAAUAGUGUUUAAAAUGUAAUUUGCUUCUUAUACUGUCACUACGAUUUGAAACCGAUUAGAUGGCACACAACAAUAACAACUAUUAUCACUAAUUAUUAUUAAAAACCAUAAAACAACCAGAAACACUUGGUGAGAAUUUCAAAGCAUACAUAUAAAUACAGUUAAAGCAAUUAAUAAAUAAAAUAUUUUUACUUUGUUUCAUUUGGAAAGGAAUUGGGUUUUGUGUCUCUUAGGCUAUUGAGAAGGUUCUUCACACUUGAACCCCUAAAAGAAUUUUUAAUAUGACCUAUUUGAUAUCACAUCAUACUAUCUGCUGUUUUCUCUUGGUCCAUUUUCAGCAGUGGAUUUCUGGAAAAUAAACCCGCCAAUAGUAGCCUUUAAAAAUAUUUUAUUGCUUUGAAAUUAAUGUGAAACAUCACAGUUGCUUAACCCUUAAUUUUUUAUUUGAAUGUUAAUAACACUUUUGUUGUAUAUCAUAUUCCAGUAAGUACAAGGUAAAAAACGUUCUUAUUUUUAGUUCCUGUAAUGCACCAAUCUUUGCUUUCCACCAUUUUGUGAAGUGAGUGACUAGGAUUAAGGAAACAAUUCUGUGUUUGCAUUUUAUUUAUUUUUGCAUGCAAGAAACACAUGGACCUUUUAUGUGGUAUUUGUUGAAGCACUCUCUCAUAGAGCUCAAUAGACAGUUUAACAGUUUAGGGGAUGGUAGUAGAUUGUUGCAUUAGGCUGAAUUGUAAGGAUACAAUUAAGUUGAUUCAAAAUAUCUUACCAAUUUUGCACACAUGGUAAAGUGUUCAGACCCCUUUCUAAAUGCUUAAUAUUAAUAAUUUGUGACCAGAUACUAAAAUAUUAAUAGUGACCAGAUACUAAAAUAAAUGAAUAUAUACUGACUUAUUUAGAAAUUGUAGUAUAUGAAACCCUUAGAAGUAAAAACAUUCAUUCAACAGCUUAAUGUUUAGGAUAUUAUUCCUAAAUAGGGGUUGAAUUAGAUUGUGCCAUUUAGUUUGAGAAUGUGUAAUCUCAAGGGGAAGACUGCCUGGCUUCCAUCUAAAAUAGUGGCCUUUUUCCAUCAUGGUGUUUUUUUUUUUAAGUGCAUAUUCAUAUGUAACCGUAUGUCUCCUACAUUUAAUUUGUAAAUAACAUGAGAGAAUUAUUCAGUGGAGAACAAGUAAAAGGAUAUCAUUCCUUUUGCAGAUAAAAAUUAUGAGUGUUUAGAAUUUUUUUUUUCUAUUAAGAAUACUUUGUACAUUUAGUAGUUUUUUAAGUAAGAUCUAUGGAUAUGUAUUUGUGUCUUAGAUAAGAAACAGCUCCCUGGGUUUGACUCCAAUAUUUUGUAUUUUUAAAAACUACCAUAUGCUUGCAGAAAUUUACAGAGAAGCUGUAAAAAAAUGCGGCGAAGCAUGUUUAAAUAUUGAAUCCUUGCAAUAUAUAGCCUGUAUUGUUGUACCAUGGACUACAAGGAUACUAAAUAUUGGCUAUUAAUAGAAUACUAACUUGCAUUUCAUGCAAGCUGUAGUUUAUUUGCAAUAGAUGUUAUACUGCUUGAUUAGUCUAGUACAUUUCUAAUAUUUGUGCUUUCCUAUCUCUAAGGAGAUAAUAUAUGUGAAAAUAUUUUGAAAUACUGUAAAGUGAUAUAUAAUUAUAAGAUAUAUUUCUGUACAGUGGGGAAAGUUUAUAACAUUAAAAAUAUUGUACCAUUAUACAUUUUUCAUGCUCAAUCUCAUAAGGAAACAAAGUAUUAUAAUCAAAGUGAAAAUACAGCUGCUUUCUCUUAAUCAAGUCUAGUUCUCAAUUCAAAAAUUAUUUUGUAUAGUUUUAUUUUGAAUUUCUGUUUUGAGACUUCAGCUUCAAGAAGAAAAUAAAACGUACAACUCAGGAGUUACUAGGGAAGUUCUAAGAUUUUUGCUCAGCAUUGAUAAUAUAAACGUGAACAUAUGAUACCUGUUAUAGACAUUAUUUCAUAUUUUGUCACAUAAAAUUACCUACUCUGCUUUUAGAUUUUAUACUUUCAUCUGAGUAAAAGUAUGAUCUGGGAAAAACAGCAUAUUAUUGCAUCUGUGUUACUCUUUAAAUCAAUUUAGUAAAAAAUAAAAUUUCCAUAUUAAGUGGUCAAAAAUUAACUGAACUGAUGAAUAGAGAAUAUUUGGUUAAUUAUUUUGUAGUUAAAAUUUUCAAGUUUAUAGUACAAUCAUAGGUGAGUUUAUAAUUCACUCAGUAACUAAAUCAGGUUAAUUACUAUAAUUGAGUCUCUUCUAAAAGCUUUAUUUUCUAACCUUAGAAAAAGAGGACAUUCUUGGUCUUGUUUGAUUAUAGUUACAUCUGCAGGUCUUUCAUGUCUAUUUGAAGUGAGUGGGGAUCCUUCAUUAUAGGGAUGUAUUUGAAGAUUUCUAUUUUGUCUCCUGCUUAGAAAACUCCCCGUUCCCUUUCGGGGAGUGAUUGCAUCUAAAUAGGCUCAGUUAGACAUGCUGAGGUCCUUUCCAUUGUAGAUGCAGUUGUAGAGAAAGAUGGCUGGGGCCAGUGCAGGGUCUAGAAAAUUAGUGUGCAUCUACUGAGUUCUUUCAGCUGUGGAAGCGGUACUGUUGACUGCAUGAACAGAUUUGUGUGGGUAGUCUCUAGGGUGACAGUGAGUACUACCCUGCCUCCUGCCCAUCUAGUUAUUCGAUCCACCCAGCAGAUUGUGUUUGGGGACAUAGAGUGUUUUUAGAAAUCCCUGGUUAUUGAAGUUAGUAAUAAUGUAGUUAUAAAUAUGAAUGCUUGGAGGUGUCCAGAUGUGCCUUAGCUAAUAUAAGUGGUUUUCAUUCAGAAGUUUAAAUUUUUACUCCACUGUAAAAUGUCUGAAAGAACUUUUCAAACCAUGAAUAUCAGUUACUUUUUUUUAAUGAAAUUUACUUUGGUGCUUUCUUGUUUGGAGAAUUUCUGUUUCAGACAGAUGCAUCAGUUCAUAAAGAAGUGAACUCACCACAAUAUUCAACAAUGUAUUAUAUGUGAUAAAAGAGUUUAGAAAAAAAUUAUGUGGUUUGUUAUAUUUAUUUAUGCCUUUGCUUAAUAUUAUUACAUGCUAUAAUUUUUAUUUUAAACACACCAGUUACUACAAGGAAUAGUUUACCUAUGUUUUACUUCGUGUUCUUAGACACAGAUGGAUGAAGAAAGUGGAAUUCUACUAGAGAAAUUAUUAAAAAAUUUAAUUCCAGUAGAUGGUUGGAAGAAUCUGCAAUUAAUUUGAAAAAUUUUUGUGCCAUAGUUUAUUAUAAACAUUAAAAAAAAAAAAAAAAACUACUGUUCUUGCUUGCUUCCCAGAUUAGUGAGGGUGCUUUUUGUCAUCUUUUUUCUUUUUCUGUUGACAAGCCUAUUGUUUCAGUUAUUUGUGGGAAAUAGCUUCUUAAUGUGGUUUGUUUCCUUGAAUUAAAGUUUCCAUGUGGAGAAUACAAUGAAGUGCUUUGUUAUAUGGGCCAAACUCUGGCUGGAAGUAGAGUUCAGAUAGGAAGAGGUGACUAAGAAUCAGGGAGGGCACCUUGGUGAAGUGAAACCAACACUGGAUCCAUCCUCUCCGGCACCAUGGCAGGCCUCAGUCCCCCAGUGGAAAAUGAGGAUGUUGAGCUCCCAUGAUCUCUGACUUCUGGUGAAAGUGGACCACUUUGGACUCUAUGUACAGUGUUAACGGAUACCAGUUUUCAUAGAAUACUUGCUGUAAUUUAUCUGCGACUCUUUUGUAGUUGUUUAGAAAAUUGAUAGCAAUUGGGCUUCUGCUAUGUAAAUUAUAGCUGUAUGUUUAUAACUAUCUUGGGAAACACUUUGAAAUACCAGUUCCCCCCAAGUCUCUUCAAUCAAAAUUCUUUAGGGUUUUCUUCCAUAGGUGUACGUGUGUGUGUAUAAAUUCUUUUCAUAAAAUGAUUCAGCACACUUUAAAAAUGAAGUGAAAGGAAGAAGGCAUCAGUGAUCUCUCUCUGUCUCUUUUUAAACAGAGCCCCUUAUGGAAAUGUACUUAAGCUAUGAGGUUUGUUUAUCAUAUUUUUAUUUUUUAAAUUUUAAAUGAGUGUGUGGAACAGUUUACAUUAACUAGAGAGAUUAGUUACAUAAUAAGCUCUGGUUCUAAACAAUGUUCCAGUUCUGUACUCAUUGGUCAGAUGAGUACUUUUUUUCAGUGCUAAUGGACUUACUUUCACUGAAGGAAAGAAAAACACAAAACAAGAUUACUAACAAGAAACCCACUAUAGAAAUAAAGA